AUGCCACAAAGGGAUGUGGAGAAGGGGCUGCGAGAUGGCACAUUGUUGAAAGGGAAACUUCGCAUCAACGCACGGCGUAGGUCAACUGCGUUCGUCACGGCAGAUGGCGGUGUGUUGCUCUCGGAUAUUUUCCUUGAAUCGGAGAAGGCCCGGAAUCGCGCACAAGAAGGCGAUCUGGUGGUAGUCGAGCUUGCGCCAGUGACUGAAUGGAUGCCCUUGAAACAAGCACCGGCUCGAUCGAGCAUUGCGGGGUUGGCAGCAGCUCUUGAGUCGAUUUCAAUCACAGAAAACUCGGCGGGUGCUGAUGAAACAAAGGGUGCUACAUCUUGUCCGGCAUGGGACGGACCGGAAGUGGCACCUCCAGUGGACGGGCUGUGGCGACCGUCGCCGAAAGUCGCUGGUGGUGCUCAAGGCGGGAAUCGAUCAGACAACCUGUGCGAGGCUGGUGUUCUCGCCGCACAAGGCAAUCUGCAGCCACGCGGCAAGGUUGUGUUCAUCAUGGAGAGCGCUCAUAGGGAAGAUCACAUGGGCUCCUUGGUAUGGUCGAGCCCAUUGAAGGCCGACGGCAAGCUAUCCGACAAGGAUUCAUACGUCAUGUUCCAUCCUACCGAUCGAAGAGUACCCCACAUGCUUGUAGCGAGAGGGGAGCUUCCGUCAAUCUUCGUCGACAACCCGGGAGCGUAUGCAAACUCCAUUUUCAUGGCCUGUGUCAAGGGGACUUGGUCUGCGACUUCAAAACUGCCGUGGGGGCACAACGUGCGCUUCGUGGGAGAAGCAGGGGCGAUACACGCCGAGACCAAGGCAUUACUGUGUCAGAAUGGUGUCAAUCACGGAGAUUUCCCUCGCACCGUCUUGCGUGGCCUCGAAGCGUUCUUACCUCCAAAGAACGCUGAGGACGGCAUCGACGCCGGAGCCGACAUCAGGGGAUCCAGGUGGAAAAUCCCGGAAGAAGAAAUCAGCAAACGUCGCGACUUGCGGGCAACUCGCAUCUUCACGAUUGAUCCGACGGGGGCGAGGGACCUAGACGAUGCGCUGAGUAUAACCCCUCUGGCUGAUGGAACGUUCGAGAUCGGAGUACACAUCGCAGACGUGACGUACUUCGUCCGGCCCAACUCUGACCUUGACCGAGAAGCCCGCCGGCGAGCCACCACGGUGUACCUCGUUCAACAAGCCAUCCCGAUGCUUCCGCCGCUGCUGUGCGAAGAGCUCUGCAGCCUCAACCCUCAAGUGGACCGGCUCACAUACUCGUGCAUCUGGCGCAUGAACGUUGACGGCACUCUCGUCGACAAGCCUGCAUGGUUCGGACGAACCGUGAUCCGGUCAUGUUGCAAACUAGACUAUCAGACGGCUCAAUACAUGAUCGAGGGAACCAUUCUUCCCGACAGCGCAUCGUCGACAUCACCUGAGCUAUGGGACCGCAACAGGCGACCGACAGAGUUUACUUGCGGUGAAGUCUGUCAGGAUGUUCUGCUGAUGAACUCCUUAGCUAAAAGGCGGCGAGCCAAACGAUUCGAGAGUGGUGCGCUCUCCCUCAACACACCGAAGCUGACUUUCAAACUCGACGACAACGGCAACCCAGCUGAUUUCGGGUCGUAUCCAAUCAGGGACAGCAAUAGACUUGUUGAGGAAUACAUGCUUCUGGCGAAUUUUCUGGUGGCGCAACAGAUGGUGGAAGGGGCAGACGACCGAGCAUUUCUUCGGAUGCAUCCACCGCCGAUUUCACCAGGGCUGAACGCUCUAAAGGAAACUCUCGCUGGAUGCGGCAUCGAGAUCGACAUAACGUCAUCGGGAUCGAUCCAGGCAUCCCUGCUGCGCCUUCGUACCCAGUGCAACGACGAAGAAAUCGCUCAGGUGUGCACGAUGAUGGCAACUAUUCCCAUGCAGAAUGCGGAAUAUGUGGCAGCGGGAGCAGCAGACUCUUGGCGGCACUAUGCUUUGAACAUCCCCGUCUACACACACUUCACUAGCCCUAUUCGGCGGUAUGCAGACGUUAUGGUGCAUCGAAUUCUGACAGCAACGCUGGACGGGACCGUGGAAAGCUCAUACGAAGUGGAUGCCAUUGAAAAGACAGCUCAGCACUGCAACUACAAACGACUGGCGGCGAAGGCGGCGCAAGAACGCAGCGAUGAGGUGUAUUUGGCAGUGCAUGUCGCGUCCAAUCCUCUUGAAGAGGAAGCCGUGGUCAUUUCCGUCGGUGAGCAGAGCUUCACGGUUAACAUCCCACGUCUAGGAGUGACGUCUCGGCUGUUUCUCGACAAGAUACCGGACAUCGCGGCGACGUACGACGAGCUCGAGGGAACAAUUCACCUUACUGCAUCGUCGACAGUCACCCACCAGUGGACUGACGCAAAAAUCAAAAUCUUUGCCAAGGUUCAAGUGCUGUGCACUGUGGCGGAAAAGACAGGGCCGAUUGAAAUUCUGCUUCAGUUUUUACGGCCGAAGUGAAAAGCUACUCUGUGUUGAAGUCUGUUGUGGAGGAUCUAUCUGAGGCAUUUGAUGUUUUGGUAAACUAAAAGUUAAAGUUUCGAAGCCUUUUGUGAAAAUGCGUAUCAACACGCAACGUGCCGGUGGAAUUGGGAAUUGUUGGUUCCUGGUGAAAUGUGUACGUGUUUGAAACUGUCCUGACCUGUUCGAUUGAAGGCUAGCUUGGGCUCAGUUUAGUGGUUGGGCGGUGUUGUUCCACCCACAUUUCCCUGCAUGUCGGAUUGAUUGCGUCCUGACUAGACUAGACUACACUGACUGGUAGAAUCCUGACUUGGAUCAGGCCGUUCGAAGUUCCAAAAUCUCCAGUUGGAAGGCUCUUUGCCAGGUUACAGAUACCGCAACCACUUAAGAAGAAGCGCCGACUCUGUUCGAGGCUCGCCGUGACUUUGCGUGAGGGUUCAAGUUUUUACGUUUGUUUUUUUGUAUUCUUUUUGGCACCCUGGAAUGCAUACGAUGGCUCCCACGUCCGCGAGACGUAAUCUUCGCCAAAAAUCUUUUCGCGAUCUGUUUUUGUCUCGUCCUGAAAGCACCUCACGAUUCUUGUGGCGCCAGUCUACUCACCUCUCGGUGUAUUUGUUUCUACGAUCGUAGGUUUGCAAAAGGUCGGUUGACCUCUAGGCCCCGGCGCGACCGGCGUCAUGUGUGGGCAAGUUGGGAGGUUGUUACGUAAGAGGCUGUGCUGAGAGGGAGACAACAUCCCGAGAAGAGUUGAAUCAAUCUUGACGAGAGAUAUC